AUGUGCCAAGAAGUUGGAAUCAUUGGUAAAUACAGGACUUGUUAUGGUGCUUCUGUCAGGAAAAUGGUGAAGAAAAUUGAAAUAAGCCAGCAUGCUGAAUAUUGGUCCUUCUGUGGCAAAACUAAGAUGAAAAGAUGAGCUGUGGGGAUCUGACAUUGUGGUUCCUGCAUGAAAAUGGUAGCUGGUGAUGCCUGGGCCCACAACACCACAUCUGCUUGCACAGUAAAGUCUGCCAUCAGGAAACUGAAGGAACUGAAAGACCAAUAAAAGC